AUGAUCCUAAGGUGCAGGAAGGAAAUUCAGGGGCUUGAAUCUACGAUUCCAAAGGACAAGGAUGAGGAAAAGAUCGAAAAUGAGAUUGAGAAGGAGGACAGCAAUGGCACAAAUCCAAAGGUAAUCCCAGACCCAGUCAUUGUAGUUAAAGCUAACCUGCCUCCCUUUCCUAGCAGGUUGGAAAAAUCGAAGAAGCAGAAUAAGGAGAAGGAGAUCCUGGAGGUGUUCCGCAAGGUAGACAUUAAUAACCCCCUCUUAGACGCUAUUAAACAAGUGCCGAAGUAUGCCAAGUUUCUAAGGGACUUGUGUGUCAACCGAAGGCGGUUGAGGGGAGAUGAAAGGGUCAUUGUGGGGGAGAAUGUCUCCGCGGUCCUGCAGAGAAAGUUUCCACCAAAGUACGGGGACUCAGGUCCAUUAAAAGAAAUUGGGAUAAUCAUUCAAUUAGUUGACCGAACUAAUGCAUAUCUUGAUGGCUCUGUUUUUUCUGUGAGUGCUAUUGAUCCUGCGGUGCAGGAAGUAUUUAAAACUGUUGGCAGGGAUGAAUUGGAGGUUGCUUUAACCAAGCACCUCGAAUUGGAGACAACUCCUGAGGCACCUGUGUUAGAGUUGAAACCCUUGCUGAAACACUUAAAAUAUGCGUAUCUGGGCGACAACGAAACACUCCCGAUGAUUAUCUCAGCUGCACUCUCAGAAACCCAGUUGGAAGAAGACGCCAAAUCUGUAUGGCAAGCUCAAAGGAGGCUCAAUCCCCUCAUGAUAGAAGUGGUGAAGAAAGAAAUUUUGAAGCUGUUGGAUGUGGGGAUCAUCUUUGCAAUAUCAGAUAGCCCAUGGGUGAGCCCGGUCCAAAUAGUUCCGAAUAAGGUAAGAGUGACAGUGGAAGCCAACCAAACUGGAUAUUUUCAGAUAGCAACUGCACCAGAGGAUCAAGACAAGACGACUUUCACGUGCCCGUUCGGGACCUUUGCUUAUAGACAGAUGCCCUUCGGCCUGUGCAAUGCACCUGCAACGUUCCAGAGAUGUAUGGUAAGCAUCUUUUCUGAAUAUAUUGAGAACAUUAUUGAGAUUUUCACGGACGAUUUCAGUGUAUACGGUUCGGCACCUGUCAAUGCAGGAUUUUAUCGAAGGUUCAUCAAAGAUUUCUCGAAGAUUGGAGCCCCGUUUUUCCAACUCUUAGAAAAAGAUGUGACUUUCGAGUUCGAUAACAAGUGUGAGAGAGCCUUUGACACAUUAAAGAAGCUGUUAACCUUACCCCCGAUCAUCCAGCCUCCUAACUGGAGUUUGCCAUUUGAGAUCAUAUGCGAUGCCAGUGAUCAUGUUGUACGGGUUGUAUUGGGGCAAAGAGUGGGAAAGGCAGCUCACGUCAUCUACUAUACAUCCUGA